CCAUUCGCAUAAACACAGCAGUGCGGUGCACGGUUUCCAGCGUUUAGUCGCUACUUAACUGUGCUCGUUUGACAGCGUUCGUUUCCUCGUCCGUCACCACCGAACAGUGUCCCUCGUUCGCCAGGCCAACGACACGUUUCAUCAUUCCUCCGUUUGCCCCUUCGAUUUCCCCGAAAAUCACCGAUGAGGUGGUUCUUGCUGCGACUCGUCGGGAACGUUCGAGGAACCCGGCGGAGCUGGCCCGUCAACAUCGAAUUCCCUUGGACCUCGUGAUCCGAGAGCGACCCGAGAUGAACAGGGGCUACGGUUAUCGAGACUCGAACCGUUCGGACGUUCACCGUUUCCGUGUCGUUUCGCGGGCGAAUACUUCGUAAUCGAUUGUCCGCGCGGGCGCGACGUUAUCGCAGCGACCACCGAAAGCGAAAUCCGUGCGAGCCGGUGGCCGCUGGUGGCAGCGAGGUGGAAAGGAAAGACGGUGGCGAAAAGGAAGUGAGUUUGAACCAGUGGAGUCGGCCUCGAUAGACACCGCGCUAACGAGGAGAACAAAGCUCGCGCGUCGGUGGAAGAGGAUCGGUGUCGUCGCGGUAAAAGCGGGUCAAGGUGUCAAAGACGUCAGGCAGCGGUCGCGAAGAUAUCGGCACAAGGUGUUAGCGGGCUGGUGUUCCCUUAGGAAAACAAAGUGUCACGCGACACUGUUAACGAUCGACGGGCUCCCCCUCCCCCCAUAUCAGCGCCUCGUGAUCGUUAAUCGACGAUCGGGGAUCAUCGUGUUUGGACUUUCUCAGAGUCAUCGUCACGCGACACCACUGUCAACGAUCGGCAGGGAGCCGUGCCGGGAAGCAAUUGUGAAUCGUGCCCGGCACGCAUUGCCAGUCAAUCGCGAGUCACCCGUUCCGGCGAUCGGUCCAUACUAAUCGUGUCCUGAACACCGAAACGAUUCGAUCGACUACUUUCGCAACUCGCUUUUCCUACCAUCGAUCCCUAUCGAGGGCGAAUCGUGAAAUUGAUUUGGUGAAUCGGAAAAGAUCGGGAACCGGUUCCGUCGCGGAUACAGUUCUGGGAGUUUCCUCCAGCCAGGAACUUUGCUCCGAAGAGUUUUCGCCGUCGAGAUUUAAAAUUUUUCCAGUGUGUUCAGUAGACCGUUAGAACCACUCGGGCCGCGCGUUGACUACAUGGAGCGUCUCGACGUUACCGGGAAUUGUUCGGUUCCGGUCCGCGAGAGCACCGAGUCCUCGGGUCGCGUUUAAUCGCGUGGAUGCGAAUCUCUGUGGAUUUAUUGGGUAUCGUUGAUAACUGAAUUAUCGGUUCGCAUCAAUUUACAUGUGACGUCCGGCCACCGAUUAGAGGACACCAAGACCAUUUUCGACUGGACAGGGAUCGGCCGGGGGUGAGUUCCCGUCGAACGAACCUUUCGUCGUGCUUCCACAGCCUGUAACUCUGUAGCGAACGUCUACGCGUACCGUCACACGAGAAGGUGCUCGAUAUGGAAAUCGAUAUGAGCGGGAGGACAAACAAAUCGUCCGAGGAAUUAACGAAAAGACGCGUCUCCAUUAGCGAUCAGAUCCUCGGGGUGGAUAAUCCCACCUUUGAUCAUCAUCGGCGCAUAAGCGCCAGCUCAGACCACAAUUCCGAUCAGGGCCGAGGCAAAUCGAUACUGGCACACGGGGGUAGCAACUUCAGCAGUUCGGAGAAUAUACCGCAGCACAAGUUCGAUCUUGAGCACGGCAAGAUCAACGGGAACAGGAAGAAGUCCGCGUACAGCUUGACCAGCUCUAUAAGAGACAAGAUCGAGUACUCCGAGGAGCUGGAACGGUCGUGGUUAUACCUGUUUUGUGCGCGAUGCCACGGUCGCGACGACACACCAUCAUGGGAGCCGCCAGGCUGGAGAAGAGCCUGUCCUCAGCCAUUUUGUCCCAGCUACAGAAAAUUUGCCCGGAUUUUAUGUCUCUUCCUGUUAGGGCUGCUAUUCUGGGGCAUCGUCUACGCGGUGAUCGGCGACGACGCUGCCCCUGGCGGGCCGCUGUUCGGUCUGGCCACCCUUUGUAUAAUAGCACACUUCGCAGGAUGGUUGUUCUCCUUGACCACCCUUCCUGCUUUAAUCGGCAUGCUGAUUACUGGCAUCAUACUUCAGAACGUCGGCCUGAUUCACAUUGAGGGCAGAUACUCCACCUGCAUUUCUAACCUCCGAAAAAUCGCUCUAGUCAUUAUCCUCACCAGAGCCGGCCUGGAUUUGGAUCCAAAUGCCCUGAAGAGGUUGAAAGUCACCGUACCGAAACUCGGUCUAAUUCCAUGGGUCGUCGAGACGCUUGUGGUAGCUACGCUGACAAAAUAUCUGCUUGGUUUGCCCUGGAUAUGGGGUUUUCUGCUCGGCAGCAUAAUAGCCGCCGUUUCACCAGCUGUCGUGGUCCCUUGUCUCUUCAGGUUGCGCGGCAAGGGUUACGGAGUUGCCAAGGGUAUUCCGACUUUAAUUAUCGCUGUUUCUGGAAUCGAUGACGCAGCAUCAGUCGCGAUUCAUGGAAUCGUGAAGAGUAUCAUGUUUUCCCACGAUCAGCUGUGGUAUCAAAUACUUCAGGGCCCAAUCGCUAUUAUCGGUGGUCUCAGUUUCGGUGUCUUAUGGGGCUGGCUAGCUAAAUAUGUUCCAGAAAAGGGUGAUCCGUUCAUGGUGCCCAUGAGAGUGCUGAUGUUAUUAGGGGGCGGAUUGUUGGCAGUGUUUGGGAGUGAGGCGAUCGAGCUAGGCGGCGCUGGACCAUUGGCAGUGGUUGCGGCUGCCUUUGUUAGCUGUUACUUCUGGCAGAAGCAAGGCUGGGAGGUCGACGACAACCCAGUCGCGACAGCAUUCGAGAUCUUCUGGAUGAUCUUCGAGCCAAUCCUGUUCGCCGUGACCGGUGCUCAGAUCAAAAUCGACGAGCUCGACGGAAAGACGGUCUACCUAGGCCUGGCUUGCCUGGUGUCAGGCAUCGUGAUCCGGAUCAUCGCGACGAUCCUGGUCGGCAUCGGUUCCAAGUUGAAUCUCAAAGAGAAGAUCUUCAUCGCGUUCUCCUGGAUGGCGAAGGCAACCGUGCAGGCGGCGCUGGCGUCGACGACCCUCGAAAAAAUCGACCCGAACGAUCCGGAUCAAGUGUUCUACGCGGAAACGGUGGUGACCAUGUGCGUGCUGUCAAUUCUGCUGACCGCUCCAGCGGGAGCGAUCAUCAUUACCUUGUCGGGACCUAAACUUCUAACGAAGACCACCACGCCGGUCACGCCUCCCGAGGGAUGGAAGACGCGCCGGCCGUCUAUCCGUGACAUCUCCAUCAUCAACGAGGACCCGGACCUAGAAGACACAGCGAACGAGAGGAAACCUUGAGGCACAGACUCUUCCUAUCGAACGUGACCGUUUUCUUUUUAUUCAGUGAUGCCAGAUGAAGACUUCAUCCCCAUUCUACUUUAUCCUAACCACCAUUCUACCCUCUUUCGUCGAAUUCCUCCGUUAUCCCCACUGUCACUGCUAGGUUAGUCACGUUACGUUGUGAUGCGCCACAAUGACGAAUUUUAGAGUAACUAUCAGUCGCGCGACGUUGUGGCACGAUGCAAUAACGAAUCCUAGCGUCGCUAUCAAUCACGUGAUGUUAUCUCACGAUGCAAUGACAAAUCCAGCGUGACCAGCAGCCACACAACUAUAUUGACAGUGGUAGUGAUGAUAAUAGAGAAAUCCACCGGCGAAGAAUAUAGUGAUAGUAAGGGUAACUAUAUACCCCUCCAUUUUCCCUAUCUGACAAUUCCGCUUAUAUUUUAAAUCGAGCUCUUGAACCGAGGGAGAAGGCUCGCGAAUCCCCGUUCCAGGGAUUCCCAUUGUCUCCAUUUUAUUCUCUUACUCCCAAUAUUCGUCGCUAAGUACCCGGUUCCAUUGUUGCGAUACCGAGCGGAAUCGUAAUCGGGCGUACGUCGUCGGUGUUCGAUUCGUGGUACCGUAGAAUUCGUAGAAUGUUUCGACGGCCGAUGUUCCUAUUUGUGGUCGAGAAUUUUGUUUGUGAAAAAAUACUGAUUUUUGAAUGCGAGACUUGAUUUCUUGACUGAAGGAUAAUCAGUGAGAAAAUGAAUCUUUCUUUCCUGGUAAUUAUGUUUCCUC